AUGUAUUUGACAAAAACUGAGUAUGACAGGGGUGUCAACACAUUUUCUCCAGAUGGCAGGCUUUUUCAAGUAGAAUAUGCUAUUGAAGCUACUAAGCUGGGGUCUACUGGUAUUGGUAUCAAAACACAGUCAGGUGUUGUAUUAGCAGUUGAGAAGCGAAUCAAUUCGUCUCUUAUCGUGGCGAACAGUGUAGAGAAAAUUUUUAAGGUUUCUGACAAGAUAGGUAUGUCUUUUUGUGGUCUUGUGGCAGAUGCCAGAACCCUCAUUGAUCGUGCUCGCGUUGAGGCUUCUCAUCACUGGUUCGUUUACAACAAUGAAAUGACUACCGAAGACGUAACUCAAGCUGUUAGCAAUCUCGCUCUUGCGUUUGGUGAUGACGAUGCUGAAGCAGGAGCAAUGAGUCGUCCCUUCGGCGUAGCUCUUAUGUUCGCUGGUUUUGACGAAAAUGGUCCUCAACUGUUCCAUAUGGACCCCAGUGGUACUUACAUCCAGUACGAGGCCAAAGCGAUUGGCUCAGGGUCCGAAGGUGCACAGCAAGCUCUGCAAGAAGUCUUCAACAGGGACAUGAGCCUAGAGGAUGCCAGCGUUCAGGCCCUGACCAUUCUUAGACAGGUGAUGGAGGAAAAAUUGGAUUCCACAAAUGUUGAGGUUGGUCUAGUUCCAUUGAUUCACUGUGACGGCAUCAAAUUUUUCGACAAGGAGCAACUAGAGACGGUGAUCAAGCAGUUGAAAUCGGUUGUAUAA